UCAAUAAACAUGCUUUUUAAUUAGAAUAAUAUCAUGGAUUCCUGUUCCCAAGGCUUUCUCUCAAGCUCCCUUGAGGGUGGGGGAAGAGACAUAAGGUUUUCCCCUCAGUAAUAGUUUUGCAUUCAUUUCCCAACAUUACAUCCAAAAGUGCUCUUCUUUACAUACUCCCAUGCUCCCUAUGUUACAAUUAAUGUCUUCCGUCAAAAUGACUGAUUUUUUUAAAAAGUCCAUUUAUUUUUUAACAUUUUUAAAAAUUAUUUUUUUGAGUUUCAAAUUCUCUCCCUCCCUCCAGCCCUUGUCCCUGCAUUGAGAAGGCAAAUAGGAUACCUAUUAUCCACGUGAAGUGAGGAAGUGACUAAUUUCUAAAUAUGAUCCCAUUAAAACCUAGGCCCGGGAACUGAAAGUCACUUGAUUAUUCCAAAGUCUUCUAAGGUCAAACGCAAACCCAGUCCACCAGAUUAGAUGGUCCUUGAUCCCCUUCUUGCUUUCAUUAUAUUCCCAAACCCAAGCCCAGAAGCCCCGGGGUGGGCGUGGGGUGAGGGGUGGGCAGGAGAACCGGAUUAGAAUAAGGAUAACGAGUGUUUCCACUGAAAACCAAUUAGAGAAGGUCCAUUCCACGGCUUCCCGCUUGCACGCCCGGGACAGUAGCAACGGCGGAGACGGCGCAGAAAGCCACGAAUGCUGUGGGAUCCCCACGAAGGGGACGCGCAACGCUCCUUGGAGAUACAAGUUGCGUGGUAGGAGCUCUAGAGGCUGUAGGCUCUGGGGAGGAGUGCAGUGCAGCCCAGCCGUAGCUUCGCUGACUUCCGCUUUCCUGGCUGGCUGGCUGGCUGGCUGACCUGGGGAAGGAGGCUUAGAAGGGGCAGGAUGGCCGGGACGAAAGGGCAGGCGAGCACGGCUGCACGGUGCUGGCGCGCCACAGUCGUGCGACUAUAUAAAUCUGCGGGGGCGGGGCGACGAGGGUGUAACACGUACCCCAGGUCAGGGCCUUGGAGUGAAUGCAGCUGCCACCUCUAGCACUCUCACACCGCGUAGAGGCGGCUGAGGAGGAGGAGACAAGAGGCGGCCGUCCCUCGGCGCCAGGCGCAUUGGUGAGCAGUGCGCGGCGCAGGCCCGGUUCUUUGCAAUGUGCGCGGGGCGCCUCGGCGAAAGGAAGGGAAAGCCGAACUCUGGGGAGAGUAGGGAAGGUGAAUCUUCCAGUUUCUUCCUCUCGCUCGGUUUCCUGCGCUUUUCCGGGAACUGGCUCUGUGCAACAGGGGGAUGCAUUAUCAACCGUAAGCUCUGGAUGUUUCUGUUCCAAGAGGGAGACAAACAGGUGGGACAAUAUGAAGUCCAAUCCUGCCAUCCAAGCUGCCAUUGACCUCACUGCAGGGGCUGCAGGAGGGACUGCAUGUGUGAUGACUGGGCAGCCUUUUGACACGAUGAAAGUGAAGAUGCAGACAUUUCCCAAUUUGUACAGGGGCCUAGUAAACUGCUGCAUAAAGACAUACACCCAAGUGGGCUUUCGAGGCUUCUACAAGGGGACCACCCCAGCACUAAUUGCCAACAUUGCAGAGAACUCUGUCCUCUUCAUGUGCUAUGGUUUCUGCCAACAAAUCGUGAGGAAGGUAGUUGGACUGGAGAAGACUUCAAAGUUGAGCGAUAUGCAGAACGCGGCUGCUGGCUCUUUUGCUUCUGCUUUUGCUGCCCUGGUACUGUGUCCCACAGAGCUGGUGAAGUGUCGACUACAGACCAUGUAUGAAAUGCAUACAUCAGGGAAGAUAGCAGAAGGCCAGAAUACAGUAUGGUCGGUAGUAAAGGACAUCCUUCGAAAGGAUGGCCCUCUGGGUUUCUUCCAUGGACUCUCCAGCACUUUACUUAGGGAAGUACCUGGAUAUUUCUUGUUCUUUGGUGGCUAUGAACUGAGCCGAUCGUUUUUUGCAUCAGGAAGAUCAAAAGAUGAGUUGGGACCCAUCCCUUUGAUGUUAAGUGGUGGCUUUGGAGGCGUCUGCCUCUGGAUUGCUGUGUAUCCGGUGGACUGUAUCAAAUCAAGAAUCCAAGUUCUUUCCAUGUCUGGGAAACAAGCUGGCUUCGUGGGGACAUUUGCAAGUGUUUUGAAAAAUGAAGGGAUAGGGGCCUUAUAUUCUGGACUGAAACCUACUUUGAUCCGAGCUUUCCCUGCCAAUGGGGCCCUGUUUUUGGCAUAUGAAUACAGUAGGAAGUUGAUGAUGAGCCAAUUUGAAGCCUACUAAAAGUAUCUUGGUAGAACUGGAUCAAAAGACUUGCUGCUAUCCAUCUCUAGGUUUCACAGAGUGUGGAGACCAACAUGGAAUUGUUCUAACUUCAUAGGACUUUUUCCAUCCUCUUCCACACCACCCCCUUUCGUUUCCCCUAAAGAACCUAAAUUGUCCAUCCACUAGUUUCUGCUAGUGUCUUUAUGAGAGAUAAAGUUCUAUCUCUUCUUCUAACCAGGAAUACACCCAGUGAGCUAUAAGUCUCCCCGGUGAACUUGUCUUGAAAACGGCUUCAGUUGGGUCCAUGGAGGCUCAUAGCAUCCCCUGGCUAUCCUUAUCUUUGAAGUGUGGAUAGUGUAAGGGCUUGAAGUGAAGGAUGUAGUUUGGCUUCUUGUCUUUAACUUAGACUUCACCAGAAAAGACCUAGGGCUAAUCAUGUGUUAAUAUAGCAUUAAAAAUAGAUCAGAAGAAGUUGUAAAUAAUUAUUUAAAUAACACACUUUGGAUUUAUAGUUUCUUUUUCAAAAGUACCUAUUAAGAUAUCCUGAGCAGUCAAUUUGUAAAAUACAAUUUUCUUUAUCUCUGGUGAAACAGACCUAUCUCUCCUCCAGAAUUUAAUGAAGAAGCCUAUGGCUUCCAGAUUGACAUGGUUUCCAUAUUUCUGAUAUUGGGUAAGUUUCAGAGCUAAUGUUUCCCCAGAAAAUCCAUUAAGAUAGUCUUACCUGAAAUAACCCUAAUAGUUAUUUUUUAAAGUAGGACAAACUUCCACUCUGAUGUUAUGUGGGUAAAGUUGAUCUUGAGAUCAAAUCAUCCCAAAUCCAAUAACAAUAUCAUUGGCAUUUACCCUUUUUCUCUUAGAUCCUCUUCUCAGAAAAAAAAUCUUCAUGUUUCCAUGGUUGGAUUGAGUUGAAUGAGGUCAUAGGGGAGUGCUGGAGUGCUACUCUGAAGAGACAGCUCUUGAACCUCUGGUCUCUACUCACUGUACAGGGCUGUCUGAAUUUUAAAGUGGCAUAGUCUAGGUCAGCGCUUCUUAAACUGUGGGUUGUGACUCCAUAUGGCGUCACAAAAGAUUUGACAACAGGAAAAGGUUUCUGAGUGUGCAGUGACCAAAGGUUAAUUAAAAAUCAAACUCAUAAUGAAUCUGAGAUGUUUCUGACAGUGCUUGCCUGUGUUGCAUCAUACAACUUCAUUGCAGCCUUGGUUCUGAGCACAAAGGAUGCCCAUGUUGCACUGCGCAUGCCCUCAUGCCACACGAUGCCAAUGAACACUGCCAAAACAUGAGAAGGGGUCCCAAGUGGAAAAAGUUUAAGAAGCCCUGGUCUAGGGUACCAAUGAGGAAUCUGCUUCAGGACAUCCUUUGGUCCACUUUUCUAUGGUCUCCAACUUUGGAAGAGGCAAAAAUGAAAGACAUCUGCUUUUGUACAUGUACACACAAAGUAAAUCACCCCAUGCCCUUGUAAACGUCAACUGAUUCCGGUGUGGGGUGUUCACUGCUCAAUCACAUAAAUAGCACUGGAUAGGAAGAUAAUCUCUCUGUAGUGAAUAAUGUCAAUGUUAACACAUCCUGAAGUUCACAUAAAGAUCUAUAUAUUGCCAUUUAAUGUUUUAAGUUGUUUGAUCCUUUUGAAAUUUGUCCCAGAGAAUGACUGAAUUUUAGAAAUGGUGCUUAAUGAUUUCUGAUUUUUAAUGUGUAUGUGGUAUGAAUACAAAAUUGCAAAACUGAUUUCUGUAAGCCAUAAGAAAAAUAAUCUCGUAGGGUGUGUGUGUGUGUGUGUGUGUGUGUGUGUGUGUAAAAUUAUGGUCAGUUCAUCUUAAAGGACUAUUUACCUGGUUUCUUGCUAAUGGCUAUUUUUUGUCUUUCACCCAAUGGUCAUUGUGAUAGCUAAAUUCUUUAGCAUGUGCAUUGUGAGCACAGAACUGUGUGGGUGGAGGGACUGCCUGAAGAUAUGGCUCGCUCAUAAGUGACUUAUCAACCAACAUGUGAAGAUAAGCCAAGGACAAUAGUAAUCACACAGUCUGUGCUUAGACACGUUAGGCUGUUUCUGUGCUGGUAUUCACAGAUCCUUAUUUUAGCUCCCUCCAUAACACUAUUUUUAUUGUUGCUGUUGUUUUUUAAAAAUGGCAAAAUCUCCCUUAAAAAUGGAUGAUUAGCAAUAACUCUCAGCAGAUUUAAAAAUUCUGCCUUAAAAAUACUGAUUUCUUUCAUUUUGAUAAUACUUAUGAAGCUAUCUCCACCCCUACCUUUCUAGCACUAACUUAGAAAGAAGAGUGUAGGAAAAGUAGUGAUUUUGCUGAAAUUAAACAAGCUGCUGUUAGGUUUGGUGAUGAUACUCUGGGAUAGGACUCAAGCUACCUGUGAGGCAGUAGACUGACUGGCCUUAGCCUCCCUCUGAAUUAGGGCUUCCUAACCUGGGAUCCAUUACCCUCACAGAUAGAUUUUAGGGGGCCAUGAACUUGGAUGGGAAAAAUAUUACAUCUUUAUUUUCAUUAACCUCUACCUGAAAUUUAGCAUUUCCUUUAAUGCUAUCUAAGAUUAAGUCAUUAGUUUAGAUCUACUUUCUGAUUCUGAGAAGGGGUCCAUAGGUUUCAUUAGAAUGCCAAAGGGAUCCAGGGCACACCAAAAAGGGGAACCCCUGUUCAGAGUGAAUAUUUUGGCAUUUCUCUUAAAAUUAUUUGUUGUCUUUUGACUGAGGCAGAGAAAAGAAACAAAAUGCACAAAAUGCUUGCCUUAUCCCCUAUCAAAGGAAUCUUGUGCACAAAGACCUUCCUGCCCCUGUGGACCUGGUCUAAUCUCCUGACAUUAACCCUGCCCUCAGCAUAGCCUUUCUGCAAAGCAUAUGUCCUUUCAACUUGCAGGAGUCAUUUGAACAUGGGUGGAGUUGUAAGCUAACCAACUCAGAACAGAACUUCUAUGGUAUCUAUUUGAUGAAUUCAUGUUCAACUUUGUAGUGUAAUUGCCACCAUUUAACAUCUGUUUUUCUCAACCAGAGUAUAACUUCAAAUACUGUGUUUAAUGAUUCUCUGAUAUUUCGAUCAUUAAAUUAUUUCCCUAAUACAUGAA